GCUGACGGUCUUCUGACCAUGAUUGUAUAACGGCUAAAGUUUCCAGUCAAAUUGCUUCAGUUAUCCAGCGCCUUAAGGAUUCGAGCAUUAUUACCAUUAUUACCAGACUAUACAUCUAUAAUAUACAAUCUCUGUCAAUAAACAAACACAAGUUAUAUUAUUUCUCUCAGACCAAAAAAUAAUUAAAAAUUAUAAUUAUUUCUAACAACUAACAUUAUUUAUUUUUAAAAAUGGUUUGUGUAUUAAUAUAUAUGUGAGCACAUAUUAUUCAUGACAAUAAAAAAAAGUUACUUUAAGAAAAAUAUUUUUCGUCAAAGUUACAAAUGAUUUUCAAACGUACAUAACCGUUACAAAAGACACGAUUCUCAAGUAUAAUUAUUAUUGAAGAUGGUGGUGAUCAAUGAAAAUUAAAUUUAAAUAAAUAAUUAUUUGAAGUAUAUUUAAUAAAAAUGGAAGAUUUUAAUGAUGCUGUUGAUGGUAAACUUGCUUCGCGAAUGCGACAAGUUAAUCCAGAACAAUUUUAUACUCUUGUCAAGAUGCAUCUGUCAUUUGAAUUAGAUAUUAAUACGGAUGACAAUGAUCCGGUAAUGGAGAAGGCUAAGCUAAAAAAAUGGGGCUUGUUAAACUUUUCAAAAAAACCGAAAUCAAUGAUGAAUUUACAACAACAAAAAGGCAAUGCUAGUUAUGAAGGUACUGUAUUAAGUUCAGAAGGAAUUAAUCAAGUCAAACUGCUGAUGGAAUAUCUAUCUAAAGAACAAUGUAUUAAUCAAGAGGGAAUAUUCCGGAGAACAGGAAAAUUAAAACGUCAACAAGAUUUAAAGUCACUUCUUUACCAAGGUCAUCCACUGAAUCUCGACGAUGGUAUCUACAGUGUCCACGAUUGUGCUUCCGUAUUAAAGAGUUUCCUAGCGGAACUAUCCGAACCGUUAUUAACAGAAUCACAUUAUCCAGUUCAUUGUCAAUUAGCUGAAUUGUGUAACUCAGACUCAACUAUAAUCGACUCCAGACUUUUGAAUUCGAUUCAAUUGCUUUUAUUACUAUUGCCAUCAAAUAAUCGGAUUUUAUUAAAACACCUGCUUAAUCUUCUUAAUCAAACAGCUACAUAUGAAAGCAGCAAUAAAAUGAACUGUGAUACAUUAGCAACCCUCUUUACUCCGCACUUGAUGUGCCCCAGAAAAUUAUCGCCUGAAGCACUGCAUAUCAAUUCACAGCAUUUAUCAUGCUUAGUGGCAUUUAUGAUAAAAAAAGGAGAAGAAUUAUUUGAGAUACCUGUUAAAUUAGCAACUGAUAUACGAGCGUACUGGGUUGAACAGGAAAGAAAAUUACUGAGUCCCAACAACAAAGAUUUGAAUGAAUCGAUGUCCGACACAACAGGUACAGCGCAUACAGUAUUCAGUUUUGUUGAUCAUAAAUUAACAGCGAAAGCUAAUUCGACUGAAGACACACAAGCAGCAUUAGCACAGUUGUAUGCUCAUAUACAGGCAAUGCCUGAAUCAGCUAAAAAACGUCGUUUGGUAAAACAAUUUAAUAAGGAAAAUGGACAAGGUACACCACGUCAUAUUAAACAACAAAUACGCACAAAAAGUCUUGGUGACUCUAUAAAAAAACAUAUUUUUCAAAAAAAAAUAUUGGGCAAUAAAAAAUUAAUUGAUAUUAAUAUUGGGUGUAAUAUAAGUAGAUCGAGUAGUGAAGAAAAUUUACAAUUCGACAAAUAUAGUAAUAAAAAGUCAAUGCUGUCAACGCAAAAAUUAUUAAGUAAAUCAGAUGACGAACUUAGUACUGAUAGUUUUAUAUCAAUGGAGAGUGAUAACCUUAUUCAUUCAAAGUGUAUAAGUAAUAGAACCGGCUGUAUUAUUACACCAAUUAGUGAACGUAAAGAAAAAAAAGGAAUGCGUCUUUUAGACUUUGAUGAUAAUGAGAAUGAUCCUAGUCCAUGUUCAAAGUCGGCUACGAAUGAUCCACAAGAUUUACUAAAUGAGUUGAAGUCUUCCGAAAAUAUUAAUAAGAAAUCUGAUAUAUCUAUUGAAAAAUUUGAUGAUUUAAUAGAAACAGAGAAACGGCAUUUAAUAGAUAUUACGAAUAAAGUUCGUCGUCACAGUAGUGAGCCAAAAGAUAUAUUUUCAUCCCAGUUCGAUGAUGGAAGUGCUUCAGCCUCAAUAUCUAGUAAAUCGGAUUCAAUUUUGCAUGUUAAAAUUUCACCGAGAAAAGAAAUGUUAACAACACAAGGUUUACUGGACAAUGCAGAAACGACUACUAGUCAUUGUAAAAAUAUAAAUAAAAUGAGACACAGUGCGUCGCCCAAAAUAAAAACUAAAAAUUGGCUAGGACAUAGUGCGGCAUACACGUCAACGCCAUCAGAUUUAUUACGUCGUAAUUUACCUCAUGAUUAUGGAUUAACUCCUAUAACUAAUAACGAUAAAAGCAUGAGUCCUAUUACACAAAGUGCGACUAAAAUGACUAAAGCUAUGCAGGAGACAAUGAUGACACCAAGAUCAAGGAAGCCAGUAAUGAUAUUAUCUGGAACAAAUAUCUGUAAUCUUUCAAAUGUGAACAAAGCUGAUGGCCAAUGUGAUCCUGCUAAUCAAUUAAAAGUUGUUAAUAUUGAUAUCGACGGUGACGGCAGUAGUGAUUCAAUAAAUCAAAAGUCACUGAUAUUAAAAACAGGUAGUAUUGACAGUAAGAAAGUGCCUUCUGAUGAAAAUUUAGAAAAAUAUAUAGAUCCUCGACGUCCGACUAUUGCAGAACUGAAUGUAACUGAUUUAAAUGAUGAUUUUAUUAAGACAGAACCAAGUUGUAUGUCAAUAACUAGUACUUUUAGAGAAUAUUUAUUAUCUCGAAGUGUUUUAACAGCAAGUCCAGUAGAUUUAAGCUUUACAUCACGUACAGACGAUUAUGAACAAUCAGAGUCCGACUUAAAUGUACUAGAAGAAAAUGGGUUGUCUGAUAGUUUAUUACAUUGUUUAGACGGUAAUAUUCCAAGUUCUGAUACAUCUGGAGUAGUUUCUGGUAGUACUAAUAAUAGUUUUAAUAACUCAACGGAAAAAAUACAAGAUGGUAAUCCAUCACCCCGAAAACGUGGUACGAGUUUGCAACGUAAUGACUCGAAACGUUUAAUCAAACGUUGUGAACAACUGGACGAAUCACAAGAAGAUGAUAAUAAUGUGAUGAUAAGUCCAGAUAAUGAAAUAACUAUUAAUUCAAUUAAUUUGAAAGACACUUUUCAAGAAACUUCAUUUUAGAUUUAAUUGUAGCCAUUAUAUUUUCUAUACUUAAUUUGUAGGUAACGGCAAUCAAUAAUUAACUAAUAAAUUUUUUUAUUACUUUAA